AUGAGCAACAAAAAUAAGCCCUCUGGACCAAAAAACACCAUCUCACACUACUUCUCUGCAAGUCCAGCGAAGGUAGUUGAACCCCCAACCACCACGGAGACGUUGGGGAAACGCAAGAGAGAAUCCCAAGUCGUCGACCUUACUCUCGAGUCUGACGAUGACGAAGGACAACCGGCUACAAAGCGACAGAAUGCUUCUAACCAAUUCACUCGUCCGGCAGGAGCCAUUCCAUCUAGACCUAAAGAUUCUGAAUCUCCGUUGAAGAAGCGCUUCAGAUACAUUGCUCCAGAUGAAGAGGAUUCAUCCCCUCCCCCGGUGCAAGAUCUACAGACCAGGGCGAGGAACGAAGCGAGGAGAAAGCAGCUAAAGGAGACUCUAAAACAAAUCCAACGGAGUAGUUCUGCUGGUGCAGAAGAUGAGUUUGACGAGGAUCAACAAACACAAACCACAGGCAGCGAGCAAGAUGAAGAAAAUGGUGGCCUUACAAGUCAACUACGGAAAAAAUUUUCCUCUAACUUGGCCUUGAGCCGUCAAGAGUCGAAGAAAUCCACCGGAAAGGGAAAGAGAAAAGGCGAGGAGAUUGGGCCGUCUGGGCAACCCUACACUCCCUUGGAGCUUCAGGUGAAACAGCUCAAAGAAGAGAAUCCCGGUACUCUAUUGCUAUUCGAGGUUGGCUACAAGUAUCGCUUCUUUGGAGAGGACGCUAGAAUAGCCUCCAAAGCCCUUGGUAUAGCCUGCUUCAUGGACCGCAACUUUCUGACAGGUUCAAUUCCGGUCUAUCGAAAGAUGAUCCACACUAAGAAAUUACUGUCUUUGGGUCAUCGGGUUGGGAUCGUUGGUCAGACAGAGACGGCUGCAUUGAAGAAAGCAGGCGAUAACAGGAGUGGUCCCUUUAGGCGGCAAGUCACCGAGCUGUACACAGCGACAACGUUUGUUGACGAGAUGGAAUCUUUGGAUGAGAAUGAUCUGUUCAACACUGGGGCGGCCCUCUUGUGUCUGGCCGAGUCACUUAUGGGUGGAAUGGGCCCGGACGACAGAGUCGGGUUCGGACUAGUGUCUGUGAUUCCCUCUACCGGUGAGGUCAUCUACGACCAAUUCUCAGAUGUGGCGAUGCGCACUGAGCUCGAGACACGUCUCGCUCACAUCAAGCCGUGUGAACUCCUACUUCCGGCGACUGGACUAAGUUCUCAUACCGAGAAGAUGCUCAAGCAUUACGCGGGAUCUGGGUCCGCACGUAUUGAAAGAAUAGAGGAUGCCCUACAUUACACGGACGCAUUCGAGUACCUUCACCAACCGUUUAAUGACGUCCUCGAUCUUCCAAAGCCAGUGGUCGUCGCAUUAGCUCACGCCGUCAGACAUUUGCGUGCCUACGGUCUUUCAAACGCCUUUCGCAAAACUACAUUCUUCUGUCCAUUUAUGACUCGCUCUCAUAUGCUACUUAAUGCGAACACCUUAACGAAUCUGGAAAUAUUCCAGAAUCAGACAGACUAUAGUCGUAAAGGAUCUUUGAUAUGGCGCGUUGAUCACACCAAAACAAAGUUUGGAUCAAGGCUCCUCCGACAAUGGAUCAGUAAACCUCUGGUGAACAAGAGACUUCUCGAAGAACGGUUUCAGGCUGUUGAAGAUAUUCUCAAUACCCAGUCAGCCGCGCUCGUGAAGCUUCGUACGGUGCUCAAAGGCCUACCUGAUCUUACUAAGGGCCUGAGCCGAAUUCAAUAUGGCAAGAGCACUCCGAAAGAAGUUGCCACGGUUUUGACAGCACUUCAACGUGUUGCAAAUGAGUUCGACUUGAUCGACAAACCUCAGGAUGCUGGUCUCAAAAGUCCCCUGCUUAACGAUAUUCUAUUCACUCUCCCGCGUCUGCGCGAGCCAGUCCAGCAGUUCUUGAACGACAUCAACGUGACAAAGGCACACGAAGGUGAACUGACUGAUCUGUGGAGAGAUUCCGAGAAAUAUCCCGAAGUCGACGAUGCGAAGAUGUUAAUCCUAUCUAUCGAACUUCAUAUGCAAGACCAUCUUAAAGAAGUUCGCAAAAUCCUCAAACGUCCAACUCUGAAUUGGGUAUCCGUAUCCGGAGUUGAUUUCCUAGUAGAGGUUCCCAACUCUGAGAAAUCCAAGGUGCCGGAGAAUUGGAACAGGGUUCAAGGGACGAAGAAGGUGACGAGAUUUCAUACUCCAGAAGCUCGUCAGCGGAUUUCGGAGCGAGAACAAUUGAAAGAAACUCUUCAAGCUGUAUCUGUCAAGGCAUUUGAGAAGUUCCAAGCUGAAAUCAACGCCGAGUAUGGGUUGCUGCGCGAUGCCGUGAACAAGCUCGCUGUUGCCGAUGCACUGGCAAGCCUUGCCUUAGUUGCUACCGAGGACGGCUAUACCAAACCCCAGAUAGUUGAAGACGAUGAGCUAGAAAUUGUCAAAGGGAGGCACCCACUUAUUGAAGCGAUAUCUUCCGCCCCAUUUGUGCCGAAUGACAUAGCGUUGGGCAGAAGAACAAACUUGGCCAUGGUCAUUACAGGUCCCAAUAUGGGUGGAAAGUCCUCUUGCACACGGUUGACGGCACUCCUAGUGAUCAUGGCACAAAGUGGCUGUUGGGUGCCUGCGGAACAUGCCAGAAUCCCACUGCAUGAUGCAGUGUUGACCCGCAUGGGCGCGUCUGAUGAGAUUCAACGAGGCCGCUCUACCUUUAUGGUCGAGAUGAGUGAAACUGCAGAGAUUAUACAAUCCGCAACAGAGAGAAGCUUGGUCAUUUUGGACGAGUUGGGAAGAGGUACCGCGACAUGGGAUGGAGUAGCGAUCGCGACCGCAGUGCUCGAUCACAUGGUUUCUGUCAUUCGAUGCAAAACGCUCUUCAUCACCCAUUACCCUCAAAUUGGCGUCGAGCUUUCUCAAAAGUAUCCGGGACUUGUUGCAAAUGCGCACAUGGGGUAUUUGGAGGAAGAGCUCGCAGAUGGCAGACGAGAGAUUCAUUUUCUGUACCGCCUACAAGAUGGAGUCGCUGACAAGUCGUUUGGGGUGGAAUGUGGAAGACUGGCAGGCCUCCCGGAAGUGGUUCUUGCGCAGGCCAGUCGUAAAUCGGCAGAAUGGGAAGAGCGAGAACGAAGUCUACACCUCCGCUCGACUCUCAAAGAUAUCGCUAGAGUAUCCACUUCGUCAUCCAUGCAUCAAGCCAUUUCCCUUCAGAAGCUGAAAGUAACUAUCGGAAAGAUGAUAGCAAGACGAUAG